ACGCAUGCACAGAAAAACACACACCAUCCAGCAAUAGAUAGCUCAGUCAAGUGAUCGAGUGUGGACCAGUGCAAGGUUAACUUCUCACACGAAGGCAGGACUUUAUUGUGACGGUGGGAGGUUGCUAACCAUAAAAAUGUCAAACAGAAUGAUCGACUUGGAGGAGACCGCAACCCAAACAGGACCAAAAGGAGUCAUCAAUGACUGGAGAAGAUUUAAGUUGGAAAGUAUGGACCAGGAGAACCUGCCUCCUGCAAAAAGGGAACUGCUCAGACAGAUGUCAUCGCCCAACAAGCCAAAAGAUGACUCCAAAUCAAACCUUAACCGCAAGAUGAGUGUCCAAGAGUAUGAACUGCUUAAAGAGGAGGAUGAAGGCUGCCUAAAGAAGUACAGAAGACGGUGCAUGCAAGAGAUGCACGACAAGCUCAGCUUCGGGCCCAAGUUUGAAGGCGUGCAUGACCUGGAAAGCGGAGAGGCCUUCCUAGAAGUCAUUGAGAAGGAACAUCACAGCACUGUGGUGGUCGUCCACAUCUACAAAACCGGGAUCAAAGGUUGUGAGGAGCUCAACAACUGCCUUGACUGCCUGGCCACUGAGUACCCGACCGUAAAGUUCUGCAGGAUUGAUGCUGUAGCAUCCGGCGCUGCCGAACGUUUCUCGGAUGAAUUUUUGCCCACACUGCUCGUGUACAAGGCUGGAGACCUGUUAGGGAACUUCCUGGCCUGCACGCAGCACCUAAAUGAAGAGUUCUUUGCUACGGAUGUGGAAGGCUUCCUCAACAGCUAUGGCCUUCUGCCGGAGAAAGAGUUGCCAGGGUUGGAGGAUGAGGAAGAAAACGACGUUGAGUAAACAGAGAGCUUGGCUGUUGAGGUGGCUGGAAAGAAAUCUAAAGAUCUGAAGAAAGACAAUUCAUAAAAUAAGAGAGUUUAUUCUUUUGGGCUUUGAUAAGUAGGAAAACCGUAACCUCUCCACUAGCUCACUAGUGAGGAUUGUUGUCGAAAGGAGAUAUUUUACUUCCAGUGAGUGAAGAAACCUCAUUUUCCCAGUUAUGGGUGAUAUUGACAAUGAGUAAUGAUGAGGUGAGGAGAUCCUGCAUUUAUAAAUAAUUAUAUAUAUCUAGCACAAACCACCUUUGCUUUUUGAUAAAAGCCAAAACCAGAUCGCUGUAACUAUAAUUGCAAUAUCUUAUUUUGUUAUAUUAGGAAAUAUUACAUGCUGUAUGUAUUUGUAAAAAUUAGUCUUUUUUUUUUUUUUAGUAUUUGAUUGGAUGGAUCUGUGCACAAGUUACAUAAUAAAAAAGUGUAAUAUGAAUGUUUAAUGUCUCUGUAGUGUUCUGCCAAAAUAAAAAUAAGUAAUUCAAGCAUUAAA